AUGUUCAUCAAGCUCUUGCUAAUCAGCCAGCUUCUGGCUCUGAGCUACGCUCAGUUGACUUUGGAGGAGGCUAAAAAACAGAUCGAUGCCUCGGUUUAUAGCGACGAGGAGACUGGCGAUGAUACGCACAUGCCGGAGCCCCAUUAUCCUCCCCAGUACCAGCCUCAUCAUCCUUAUCCCCAUCCCCAUCCCCACAAGAAGGUGGAAACCACUACUCCUGUGCCGGAAACCACCACCACUCCAAAACCGGUGACCACCACGGAGGAGCCCAAAAUAGAGCAGGAAGGCGAGGGCACAGUGGCUCCGAAUGAUGAUGGCUUGGGUCAGCUGGACGAUGGGCUGCUGCAAAACAACGAUGGAUCUGCCCUUCCGGAGUCCACCACUCCUGAACCCACUACGACCACAACUACAACUACUACAACUACAACUACGACUACUCCAAAGCCUCAUAAGCAUGAGCCACAUCCCCACCCUCAUCCCCAUCCUCAUCCACACCCCUAUCCGUAUCCCCAGCCUUACCCACCCCAGUAUCCGUACCUCCAUCCUGGAUUAGUAUUCACUCCCGCGGGACCUAAAAUCGCUCCUCCUGCGGAAGCCUCGGAAACUCCAAAGGAUGCCGAUAAGGAAUCCCCGAAGCUUGGGGGAUAUCCCGCCUAUCCCACCUUCAGAUCGCCCUACUCCCCCUAUCCGCCACCGGCAAUCUACCAGCCACGCUACCAAGGAUACGGACCUAGUCCCCACUUUGGAUACAACCACAAUCACGAGAAGGACUCCGGCGAGGAUAAGACCGAGGACAAGUCCGGCGAGGACAAGCCCGAGGACAAGGACAAGGAGGAGGAUGUGGCCCUGAAACCACCUGGCUAUGGCUACCCGCAAGUCUAUCUAGUGCCCCGCAGACCAGUGAUCGCUGUUCCCAGCUUCCCGCGACCAGGAGGCGGAUAUGGUUCGCCCUAUGGCUAUGGGCGGUACUAAUACAACCUACGCAACACUGUGAAAAAUACUGAAAAAAGUCAUUGUUGAAUUUAUAUUACUUCCUAACAUAUUAUUAAAAAGUCUUUAAAUUAUAA